CCAAGGGGCUGGCAUAGCUGUGCUAAGCUUUUGGUUAAAUAAUGAAUAAGUAACAUAUCCCCAAGAACCGGGCACCUGGCUGAAUAAGGGAGGGGAUACAUUUUCCUGGGAUAAGAUGUUUUUUAGAUGUUAAGAUGUUUGUCAGUCUGAUACAAAGUACAAACAUUAAUACGGUGUAACAGUGUUUUCAGUGCUGUUAGUUUGUUUUAUUGUACGUGUUGAUGGAGUUUUAUUGUACAUUAUAUGGAUAUGUUUGUGGAGAAUUGGUGCGAGUAAGAGGUGUGAUAAAGUGGGACCACAGUGGGGCUUUGGUUAAUAAAAAAUAGGCUGUGAGAGAUAAGUGUAAAUAGUAAAUAGUGUAAAUAGGAUUUUUUUUUUCUAAAUUUACCUUUGGGAGAAAGUCUGUGUGAGAGGCAGAAUGUGACGGGGGGGCCUCAGGUGGAGCUGAGAGGGGCGGAGGCAGGGCAGUGAGCGAGAAGCCGAAGGAGAACAGGCAAGAAAGAAGGAGGGUGUGUGUUUAAAAAAAAAAAAAAAGAGAGAGAGAGAGAGCGAGAAUGAGCAGGCUAGAGACACUGUGGAGGGAGGGAGAGAAGUGUAAGCCAGUCACAGCAUCUCUCCUUCUCACUGCACCAGGGCUGAGGGACUCUACGUCCCUUCGCUUCCCUUGCUGCAGAUUUAACUCAUUUCCAUCAGCGCAUUCUUCUUUUUUUUUCUCGCCUUUUAAUUGCUGCUUUUGACAGAUGCGUUGCAUCCAUCCACGUCUGCCGGACCUACGGAUUUAUUUAUUUUAAAAUCGUGGCUUGUCACGUUUACCGGAAUUUCAAGGGGGACGUUUGCAGAGGACAGUGCCUGAAAUUGGUGCUCGGACGGAGACUUGGUCCUCUUAUGCUGCUGGAUGCCACUUUUCUUGUGCUGCUAGCGUUCCUUACAGCAACAGCCGUUCAGAGAGAGGACUUACUGUAAACGCUGGGUUAUAGGACCCCAUACGUCUACAACAACACAAAUCACGCCAAAGGACUAGAAGGCAAGUUAGAUAAUCUAUGGUCACAUUUGGCACUCGAGGAGAAGAUGCUUAACCUCUUUUUGCCUGUUCUUCAGACUAUCGCAGUACAAGUUUGGAGUUUCUGGGAUAAAUAAGAUUUUCAAAUCUUUUUUUUGUCUUGCACCCCUCUCUGCAAGUGUCUGCCACAGGAUUGCUAUGGAGUCAAAGUGAGUGGAGCGCUGAGUUAUUCAGCUGGCCUGUCAUUGCUCCUGGAGAGUCCUUUCAUCUACCUGCAUGGGAGUCUGACAUUUAACACUUUCAUCGUCUACUGGACAUUUCUAUUGAUCUGUUGUUCGCUACUUGCAGUCCAGAACACUGAGAGGCAAGUUUGGACGUUGGGACUAAAACUUUGAAUCACUUUGAUGUCAGAUCAUGUCCAGGCUUUUUACCGCGCUUGGUUCCGUAACUCAUUUGGUCUGGGGAUGCCUUGUAAACACACAUCCUCACCCCCUCCAGCGCCAUGUGUGCUGAGAGAGCUGUGACAUUAUCUCUUGCGGAGAUCCCCAUGUUGUUCUUGCCUGUGUCUGUGUUUUGAUUCUAACAAUAGCUGGGUAUACAUGGGUUCCAGACACGGACCAGAGGACCACCGAAAUAAGGGAAGCCCGCCGUAACAUCGUAAACACACUAGGACCUGGCAGACGAUACUUUGGAAUAUAUUAAAUUCUCGAUAAAGGGAUGGAUACAUCAAAACACAGAUUCCUAAAAAGCAGUUUUUAAAAAUUGUGUCUAUUUUUUUAAAGUCUUUAAUUUUGACAUUUUUCCCUAUUUGAUUUCCUGUCAGGAGAGGACAGUAUUGUACCUUCCUCAACCUCUUCCUACGUAUGGUCUCCCCCCUCACAUCUGCUGUGCUCUCUGCCCUUGUGACGUGAGCUCAUGCCCUCCACACAAUAUCAGGCUUCAGACAAGCAAAGCAGCGGAGGAAUUGGCUUUGGAGAGAGACACUGGUCACAUCACUAGUAAGACUACCCUCUACUCCAGACUGUUAGCCACCUUUUACAUUCACCAACCAUGAGUGCUUGGAAAAGGAGAGCCAGAAAGGUUGUUCUACCCCUCCAGAGACAUUAUUGAUUUUCUUGCAGCCUGUGUUCAUUUGAUUGACACCCAGCUAUGUAAAAGUAAGCUGAAAGAAAUUGUGUGUGAGUGUCUGUGUGUAUGCGCGAGUGUGUGUGUGUGUAGUAAAGAGAGUACUGAGCAGCUUAACUGAGGAAGGCUGCCGAUGCCUGUUGAAGAGCAGGAGGAGGGCAGGGAGUUCUCCAGUUUCAGGCCAACUUGUGGGCGGCUCACUGCAAACCUGACCCACCUGGAUAGCACCCAGAACAAUGAACCAGUCUGAACUUACAACAGACCCAGUUCUCACUGCCAACAGCAGCCAGGGAGUCUUCUUUCCUGGCAGGGCCUCCAACCACUCGUGUCCCCUGGGCUGGGGGAUGAAUGAAGGCCUAGAGGCUUGCAUCCUGGAGACCGCUGUAAUUGUCCUUCUAACGGUACUCAUUAUUGCAGGGAACUUGACUGUGAUCUUUGUAUUCCACUGUGCUCCUCUGUUACAUCACUAUACCACCAGUUACUUCAUCCAGACCAUGGCCUAUGCUGACCUGCUGGUGGGUCUCAGUUGCCUGGUGCCCACGUUGUCCCUUCUCCACUACCCGGCAGGUGUCAAGGAGCCCUUAACGUGCCAGGUCUUCAGCUAUGUCAUCUCUGUCCUGAAGAGUGUUUCAAUGGCCUGCUUGGCUUGUAUCAGUGUGGACCGCUACCUGGCCAUAACUAAACCACUGUCUUACAACCAAUUGGUGACCCCGUGCCGCCUACGUGGCUGCAUCACCCUUAUCUGGGUCUACUCCAGCCUGGUUUUCCUGCCCUCCUUCUUUGGGUGGGGUAAGCCAGGAUACCACGGGGACAUUUUUGAGUGGUGUGCUCACUCCUGGCCCACCUCUGCUCUCUUCACGGGCUUUGUGGUGUGUUUGCUUUAUGCACCUGCAGCCCUUGUGGUGUGUUUCACCUACUACCAUAUCUUUCGCAUAUGCCAGCAGCACAACCGGGAGAUCAGCGAGCGGCGAGCACGUUUUCCUAGCCAGGAGAUGGAGGCUGGUGAGGGAGGGGGCAAUGGGCAUCACGGAGGGCAUGGACCAGAUCGGCGAUAUGCAAUGGUGCUCUUCCGCAUCACCAGUGUUUUCUAUAUGCUUUGGCUGCCCUACAUAAUUUAUUUCCUGCUAGAAAGCUCCCAUGUGCUGGACAGCCCUGCACUCUCCUUCAUCACAACCUGGCUGGCCAUUAGUAACAGCUUUUGCAACUGUGUCAUCUACAGCCUGUCUAAUAGUGUGUUUCGUCUGGGCAUGCGUAGGCUCUCGCAGACAAUAUGUACCUUCAGCCACUGUGCAGCAGAUGACCGGGAUUUUGGAGAGCCUAGACCACGGAAGAGGGCAAAUUCGUGCUCCAUAUGAUGACUUUUACAGGAGGAGGACACUCCUCGAGAUCUCUGAAACUGGGACUUACUAUAACCUUAGCCUAAACACCUGGUUAAUGAUCAGUCAACUGGCAUGACUUAAAAACACAGAAAGCACCUUCUGCCGUUACUGCUUGUCAACUACAGUAACACCAUGGAAACUGUCUUGGUCACUUUUACCAGUGGUGUAUUACAUUGCAAGUUUUUCAAGGAGAAGGGAGCCAUGUCUAAACAGAAGACUUUUAGAGUACAGGGGCACUCUGUUAUGACUUUGUAACCCAGGGAUGGAAAGAAGUAAGCAGAGGAGUAUCCCCUUGGCUUUUUAGCUGUAUGUUAUGACCCAAACCCAGUGACAGCAUAUGAAUUAGUAAAAGUCAAAAUAAUUUAAGCUGUAUCCUAGAAUGACAAAUCAAUCAUUUUAUUUGGACCUGUUAAAUUUUGUUAUGAUUUGAAAAUUGAAUUGACCCCAUAACUAUCAUAAAAGGUUAGUCUGCAUUAAGUAGCAAGCACCUGCAGAGGCAAUUACUGUAGUAUAGAAAGUGUGGAUAGUUAUGCAAAACAUACGGAAACGUCUCACCAUUACUAUAAGAGUGAUGAAGUAAUGUGAGUGUUUAUGAAGUGGAGCUUGAUAAGGAUUUUACAUAUCAUAGUUAUGGCUUUACCAGUAUAAUUCAUUAUAUCUGGUUAUGCUUGGUCAAUUUCUGCUAAAUUCAAAUCAGUGAUGUGUUGAGUAUGCCAUUGAACCCUCUACUGUAUGUGGAGAGCAGCAAACUCGCCCUUCUUCUACCGCUUAGUGCUCGUUACGGUCGGGAGCAUGCUGGAGCCUUUUCCAGCUGUCACUCAAGCGAGAGGUGGGAGUUCACCCUUCACAGGUUGCUCAUCAGCACCGGGUCGGUCCAACACUGGUGUUACACUCCUGUGUUUACAGUUUGAUGCAUGAUGACUUAUGACAAGCAUUUCUAAGCAGGAAAUUGAAGUUACUGUACUACUUGGUUUAAGCAAGAGCACUGGAGCUUAAACAUGCAGCAGAAAUGAUAAAUUGAAUUAAUUUAUCACAUUUUACACCAGUUCUUCUAGUUAAUCAUUGUUUCCAGCAACAGUGGACAUGGGGCUCAGGUUAAUGCGUUCUCAUCCGUCUGGAACCUAAUCUGAGGUUACAAUGUAACUCAUCUGAAAUCAGAUUCUCAGUGAAGAUAAAUAUGCAGUUAAAGCAUAUACAGGCCUGACUGUCCAUGUUGUGACUUGGCUCAGAACACAGUAAUAAAGUAAUACCACUCAAUUUAUCAUAAAAUUGCUGUCAAAGCGUAAUUUAUUUUAAAAGAUAACCACCACAUAACAUUCAGUGACCUUCAGUGAUUUUUUCCCCUCGCUCAUGUAGUGUUGGUCAUUUGUGGUGUGGGCCUCGUGUGUGUGUUGUAUAUUUGUCCAUGCUGGAAAUCAAGUGACACAGCAAACCCCUCAAUACUGUGACUGUUGUUCCAUUCCAGCUGGUCAGCAGCAUCCUGUGUGAAUCAUUCCUCAGUUUAAAGCUGCAUUAAGUGACUUUUGUUUUACAUUUAGCGGCAAAAAGCCUUCAGGUUAUUAUGUUUUAGCUUUAUGUACAGUACUACGGUACAUGAGCUUGUCUUUGUUGUCAACAGGUAAAUGUAUAUAAUGUAAUGAUUAAAGCAAGGUUUUUGUAAACCAGCACCAUUAGGUAAAAAUGUGUGUGUGAUCUAGGUCUUUUCUACUUUACAUGCUUUACAUUUUCACCAGCCACCUGCUGCUACCACCCUCAGCAUAUCUGCAUGAGGUAAUAACCAAAUCAGCGAGGUGAAAACACUGUAAAGCUGCGGAAUGUAGUGGUGGUAUCAGCACUGUCUCCCUUUAAAAUAGCAAGGAGUCAUUUCAUCCAGUGUUCAGAAAUAUAUUGCUUCAUGCAGCUUUAAUGCAUUACAGAUGUAUCUUUUAACGUGCCUAAAGAUGUAUUUUGUAGAAAAAAGUGGGAGAAAAAAAGAUGUCAAAAUUAAUUAUCACUUUAUGGACAUUUUUACAUUUUUCAGCUACAUGAACAUUAACAUGUCCAUGUACAAAUUUGAGGUCAUUUGAUUUAGUUUUUUCACGACAAAGUUCAGAGAUUUCUAUAUGAAUUAAUAAUAGGUCAUGUGGUUAAUUUAUUAUAGUUGAUCUGCCUUCUGCCCUCAAGUGGGUAAAUGUUUCUUAUCAUGUGUGUGAAAUAGACGAGACAACAGGUUUGUGUAAGUCUCGUGAAUUCUUGUGAAUCCUUUAUAGCCAUAUGACCUGGCAUAUACAGUAGAAUGAAUACAAUAGGACAAUUAGCAUAGCAGUGUCAAAUAAUAGACUCAUUUCUUACUUUCUUUUUUGACACGAUAGCUUGUGUUUUUUGGUGCUUCUUUGGGGGCAUAGUGCAGUUGGGUAGUAGAUAAAAUUUAUAGAAUUUGAAUUAGUGCUGUAUUAUCUUCAGUGUGGUGACAAAAAACAAGUUAUGAGAAAACAGAUUUUAUGUAACAGCCUAAAAUAAAGAUCAAUGGUUACAAUAUCAUGUAAAUGUUCAAAAACUGUAUUAAAAUUAAGAUUACAGUAUAUGGGCAAUGUUGCACAAUAUUAAUUCCAGUGGUGGAGCUUUUGUAGCUGAAAGCCAUUGACUAUUUAAAAAAAUAGUUUAUACUGUACAUGUCUGUAUUACACUGACCAAACUGAAGUCGUAGAAAAUCAAAGCUAUUAGCUAUCAUCUCUUCAAGUGCAUUGAUGGGGGCUUUUAAAAGAAAUGAUGAUACUGUAUGUAUGCAUUUAUUUAUUAAUUUAUGUUUAAAGCUUUACAUAAUAUACUGUAUAUGAGUAUACUCCAUGUAAAGUGUGUGUAUCGGUUUUUAAUCUUCUGUACAGCCAAAAAAAGAAAAUCAAACAAAAGCUGAUAAAGGUAUGGCACUUUGAUUUGUGUUCAAUCGACUAGGCUGCUAAUGUUGUCAGUAGGAAGCAAACUGUGUUAAAUUAGCCAGGAUCUAUUUUUUUAAUUUUGAAUUUUGUUGAAGGCUAUGGUUUUGCUGUUGCUGCCAACCUAAUAAAGGUGAAAAUAGUAGACAUUCA